AUGGCAAUCAGAACUCUGUCGGCCAAAAGCGCUGCAGCGCUCGACCAAGAACUCAUGUCGACUGGCGCGUUCUCUAUUGAUCAGCUGAUGGAGCUUGCCGGACUCUCGGUAUCGCAAGCUGUGUUCAAAUUACAGCCUCUAAGCGAAGGCAAGCGCAUCCUGGUCGCAUGUGGUCCUGGCAAUAACGGCGGCGAUGGCCUCGUCGCAGCUCGCCAUCUAUUUCACUACGGUUACCAACCCACCAUUUACUACCCCAAACAAAGUAAAAACGAGCUCUACCAGCGGCUCAAGAAACAAUUGGAAGACCUUAAAGUGCCAUUCACCGAAGAUUUCACUGGCGCGCUGAAACAAACUGAUCACAUUGUCGACGCCAUCUUUGGAUUCAGCUUUUCGGGAGAAGUGCGUGAACCCUUUCCAAAGGUUAUCGAGGCACUCGCAUCUACCUCUGUUCCUGUGCUAUCGGUUGAUGCGCCGUCAUCUUGGGACAUUGAAGAGGGCCCUCGAGACUCGGGACCAGGCAAGGGCUUCAUGCCGCCAGCACUCAUCAGCUUAACAGCACCCAAGCCGCUUAUCAAGAAGUUCUCUGGUCGUCAUUUUCUUGGCGGUAGGUUUCUGAGCCCAGAGAUGGCAGAGAAGUACAAUCUUGAUAUACCCAAAUAUGAAGGCUUGGACCAAGUGGUUGAGAUGGCUGUGGACGGCGGCAAGCUGUAA